AACAAAUUUGAUGACACCAUGGUAUUAUUGAUGUCUUGUUGUUGUUGGGAUGAUGUUUGGAAAGGCAGUUUUGCCUGCGGCAUUUACACUUUGAUUUAUUAUGGCUUCUCAGCAUUAAUUGGCAUAAUGGGUCUUAUCGAUGAAUGGGACUUUAUUCUGGGUAAGCGAGAGAAACCCCGUGGGGAGACUAUAAUUGAAAAAGGUGACAUAACAAAAACGCAUGUGGUAUUUAAUAUUAUAACGUUGACAGUUUCAAUGGGAUUACUAUUUUCAGCAGUAUUGUUAAUAUUUGGCUUGAAGAGGAAAAAACGCGAACUUCUAUUGCCAUGGAUUCUGAUGAUGGUCACCGACAUAAUUGUGGAGUGUUUUUACAUUGGUUAUUUUUUGAUAUAUCGCAGUGUGACAUUUGACCCAGUAAAUGGUUUCAUUUUCACGUUAAUUCUAUUCAUAACUACAUUAAAUGUUUAUUGUAUUUUGUGUGUGAUAUCGCAAUAUCAAUUGUAUCGCAUUAGAGAAUGUCUAGGUGGACCUCAGUUAGCCGAUUAG